AAGGACACCAAAAACGUAAACCCCCUUCUUGGUGGCGCUGAGAGUGUAGGGUUUAUGGAGAGUGAAGGUGGUAAUACGAGAAACUAAGCAUUAGCAGCAGCAUAUCUUUCACCACCGAUAUGCACCCAAGAAUGAGUCUGGUAGCAGGAUCGUACGAGAGGUUCAUUUGGGGCUUCUCCCUAAAUCCCAAAAACGAAACCCUAACCCUAACCCCUCUCUUCUCUUACCCUUCCCACCUCUCUCUCAUCAAGUGCGUCGCUGUCUCCGGCUCCGUCGUGGCCUCCGGCGGUGCUGACGACACAAUCCACCUCUACGACCUCGCCACCGCUGCCUCCCUCGGCUCCCUCCACCAACACUCUGCCACGGUCACCGCCCUUGCUUUCUACGCCCCUCCCUCCCUUCCCUUUCCCCGCAACCUCCUCUCCGCCGACGCCGAAGGCUCACUGUCGCUCUUUGACGCCGAUGGCUUCGUCCACCUCAAGACGCUCCCCCGCGUCCACCGCCGCGCCGUCAACGACCUCGCACUUCACCCCUCCGGCAAGCUCGCACUCUCUGUUGGCCGUGAUGAAUGCCUCGCCAUGGUCAACCUUGUACGUGGCCGAAGGAGCUUCUGUUGCCGCCUUGGAAAGGAGGCAAGUAUAGUGAGGUAUGACUUGGCCGGAGACAGGUUCUUUAUGGCCAUGGAGGAGAAGGUGACUGUCCACGGGGCUGAGGAUUCGCGCUUGCUAUUUGAAUUGGACUGCCAGAAAAAGGUCCUCUGCACUACGCCAGCGAAGAAUGGACUUUUAUACACAGGUGGUGAGGACCGAAAUAUCACAGCAUGGGACAUAAACAGCGGGAAGGUGGCUUAUUGCAUUGAAGGAGCACAUAAUGCCCGUGUAAAAGGAAUUGUUGUGCUCACAGAUAGUGAUGCUGCUUCAGGGAGUGAUGAUCCGUACCUAGUUGCAUCUGCAUCAUCUGAUGGGGUUAUACGUGUCUGGGAUGUUCGAAUGGCUGCAACAGAGAAGUUGAAUCCAGUAGCUGAGUGUAAGACACAAUCUAGGUUGACAUGCCUUGCUGGAUCAUCUCUAAAAUGUGAGUCUUAAUUUCUUAAUACUGAAUUGUUGGAUUUUAUGUUUAGACGGAAUACUGCAACAGGAUGGCUGCUAUUUCCUGUGGAUCCAUUUUAUACAAGCAGUCCCUGCGCAUAAGCUAAAGUUAAUUACGAAUAAAUUUAAUGUGAUACUUAAGAUUCUCCCAUGUAGUAAGCUAAAUUUUUGUAUUGGACCCUUUGUCAAGGGUAUCAGUUAUACCAAGUUUGCUGAAGUUCCUAGUUGAGCUGCAUUGGAAUAUAAA